AUGUCAGUUGUCGUCUCGCAUAAUCCUCGUCAAUACUCCAAAAACGGCCACAAUAAUCCCCUCAACCCGCCCGUAUGCUCCACCGUAGCAACUCUACUUGAGCGAAAAUUCAUUGCCACCGGGAACUCCACUCCUCUUGUUAAUGCGGAACGUCUAGCUCGCACCAUCGUGCCUGGUAGUGAAUACCCGCGUGACAUUGGUGUGUGCAUCUAUACCGACCGCCUUCUCUUCCGAUCAUCCACCCGAGGUCCUGAAAUAUCCGAUAUCUUUUAUGACGACAUCAUUCAGAUCGAUCUCGUCUCAGGAAUGCACAACGUGCUCUUUGUUCUCUGCGGUCGGCGAGGUUUCGGAAGCUAUUAUUUCCUGAAGUUUCCCGACUAUGCAGUUGCGGAAAAGAUUCGAGACCUGGUCAAUCGUGUCAAUCCAGAGGCUUGUCUAAGCAGAGAUGGUUAUCGGGCACCAACGCGCAAUCAUUUUCUUCGAGCGAAUAUAUCGAAAAAUAAUUCUGGUGAUUACUACUUCGAGUUUUCCGGACUUCAGCAUGAGCAUGAAGCAAGCUUUUGCUCCACAGUCGGCAGUGACGACAGCGACGGUAUUUCGAUAAAACCUCUCCAACGAACGAACUCUUUUAUUCGGUGGGAAGGCAGUUCUAGAAGCCGAACUAGCGACGGUAAAAGGGGAAGAAAAUACGGUAUUAAAGGCAAGGAAUCUCCAAUCUAUACGGAUCGAUCACCUUCAGUAUCUAAUUCUCGUGAACCUAGUUGGGAUACGGGAAGUACAUUUUUCAUACAGGCUCAAGGCAGCCGCCAAGGACACAAAUCGCGCUCGACGAACACGCAUAGACCAAUCACGGUAUUCAACGAUACCCGACGCCAUCGAAAUCACUCCAGGACCUCCAAACGGCCCACCUCAGAAGCCACGAAACGAGGCGGACAGUCUCAAGGCUUCAACAUUUUAGUGUCGCAACCAAACCACAGCAACCGGUCCCAAAGUCGUAAAAAAGGAAAGAAAAAGGAUAUGAAGAUGAAAUACGUCGUAAGUGGAGACAAAAAACAAAUUCCCAAGGUUAGAGCACCAGUGCAUUCCAUGUACGGCUUUGCAGAUGAAUCUGACGAUUCCAGCUCAAGUCUUGACCCCUCGGCAGAGGUCAAAGUUGGCAUGCAUCGUUACGUAGGUGAAAGACACCGUAAGACACAUGGCGAUGCGAGAAAGUCGGAACAGGACGAUCAAGACUGGGAAAGCAUUGACAGCUGGGAUACACAGGCUCCUAGACGCAAAGGACCCUGUCAAGGAGUGACCUUCAACGUUCAUCCUUCCGAGGUUUCAUUCCCGCAAGACGGUGAUUGUGAUCUUGAUGAAAUAACCAGUACGUCUGAGGAUUCUCUUUACCUGGAACACGAACAGCACUACGGGAUACUUUUUCCGAAGCGUGAGGUUAACUUCAUGCCCGAGUUACAACAGCGGUUUCGUGAGUGGAAUGUGAAGUAA